GCGGCCCUGGUGGUGCGAGCCGUGACUGAAGUAGGUCGUAUACUGUGCGGAGUGCCGUAGACGCAGCAGCAGCGAGGCAGGGUUGGCGGCGACCCCGGUUAUUUGGACACGUUUAUGGUUAUCAAGUUUGACAAUAAACAUCGGGCGGUCCUGUAUGACUCGGAGUUAACGAUACGUCAGCAUGGGUGGGCUGCUCAGCUACUUCCGUAACCUGCUCGGCAGCCGCGAGAUGCGGAUUCUGAUCCUCGGCCUGGACGGCGCCGGCAAAACCACGAUUUUGUACAGGUUACAGGUAGGCGAAGUAGUGACCACAAUACCAACCAUAGGGUUCAAUGUAGAACAAGUUACUUACAGAAAUUUAAAGUUUCAAGUCUGGGAUCUCGGUGGUCAAACGAGUAUACGACCAUACUGGAGGUGUUACUAUUCCAAUACUGAUGCGAUAAUUUACGUGGUAGAUUCGGCAGAUAGAGAUAGAAUAGGCAUAUCAAAGGACGAAUUAAUUCUCAUGUUACAAGAAGAAGAAUUACAAGGUGCGAUCUUGGUGGUGCUGGCGAAUAAACAGGAUAUGGCGGGAUGCCUUAGUGUUGCGGAGGUCCACCAAGCGCUCGGAUUGGACGCUCUUAAGAACCGAACCUUCCAAAUAUUUAAAACUUCCGCGACGAAGGGCGAGGGGCUUGACCAAGCCAUGGACUGGUUGUCGAAUGCGCUGCAGAGUAGAAAAUGAUCAAUAAUUAUGUCAGUUAUUUAUAUUCGAGCCUUACAAGGGGACUAGUCACACGACUGUCGCUCUAAAUCGCGAGCCUCCGGACUGCGAGUCGCCGGGCGCGCGAUAUUCUGUUUAUUUAUUGUAAUUAUUGAAUUUUAAAUAAUUCCUUUACAAUUUACAGCGAGAAGAUUCGAGGAAUCACUGUACUUUUUCAUAACGCCGAAGACGUAAUAAGGGGAUCAUUUUAUCUUUCUAUAUUUAAGAUAAUAAACUUAGAGGAUUCUUUCAACUUCAACUAGAAUUUUUUUGCACUAAUAAAUAGUGCUACUGCUACGCGUAACAUUUAAUUAAUGAUUUGAUUAAAAUCAUUGUCUCAUUAUUCAUUUAAUAUUGACGAUAAUUGAAUUUGAUAAAGAAUUAUAAAUUGUAAUAGGAAUACAAGUAUAUUGCUAAUAUACAACUCGAUUACAAGACAAACGCAACAAUAAACAUUUUCGAAAAAAGUUCAAAAUUAUAAAAAAAAAAGAAUAUUUCAAAACAUUUAUCAUAUUUAUACAUAAUAUACUGUCGUCUUCAUGUAUCUUAAAUUGUAAUGUAAAAUUAAUUUUUUUUUUUCAAUGUGAUUAAAACAAAUUCAAAAUAAAA